AAGGCUAGACUCAAUUCUCUACCGAAGGCCCGACAACUUCGAAAUUGCUUCAAGCCAACGUUUAUCGUGAGCUUGCCCUGUCGCGUAUUCCUCAAUUGGCAGCACUAGUCAUCAUGAACACUCUCCGUGUCGCUCGCGCAGCCCUUAGGGCUCGUCCCGCAGCUAUGCGGCUCCCUAUUCAGCCUCUUCAGCGAAGAACCUAUGCUGAGGCCGCAUCCGACAAGAUCAAGCUGAGCUUGUCUCUCCCUCAUCAGUCUAUAUACAAGUCCCAAGAUGUUAUUCAAGUCAACAUCCCCGCCGAGUCUGGAGAAAUGGGUGUUCUUGCCAACCACGUGCCUUCGAUUGAGCAAUUGAAGCCAGGUCUGAUCGAGGUCAUAGAGGAGACUGGUAGCAGCAAGCAAUUCUUCCUCUCCGGUGGCUUUGCCGUCGUGCAGCCCAACUCGGUUCUAAGCAUCAACGCUGUCGAGGGAUACCCUCUGGAAGACUUCAGCGCAGAAGCUGUCAAGGCACAGAUCGCCGAAGCACAAAAGGUUGCGAAUGGUGGCGGAAGUGAGCAGGACAUUGCGGAAGCCAAGAUUGAGCUAGAGGUUCUGGAGAGCUUGCAAGCUGUUCUCAAAUAGAUCAUACCUUAGAGAAAGGGGAGAGAAAGUUAAAUGGCAACCUCUGUAUAUCACAAACAUGCUCCAUAUCACAAAGCCGCCUAAUAGCACGAAUUGAACAUGCUCAAGGUCUACUGGACGCUCUAGUAUUUUCCGCUAUUCGUAUCAGCGCUUGCCUUGAUUCUUCCUGCAGCUUCCCUGCUUUUUCUUUCCAGGGUCCAAAGUUAAAAAUCUUGCUAUUUCUAUAUAUUUAAAUCUACCUA